AGGGCCCCCAUACCGCCUCUUCAUGCUGCUGCCAGGACUCGUAAUCUGUCAUGCGCCCCUGUACCGCACUCCUCAUGCUGGCUGCCAGGUCCAGAGUGUGUCAUGGGCCCCCGUACGACUCCAAAUGCUGCUGCUCAGGCCCGUAAUCUGUCAUGGGCCCCUGUCUACCCGCCUCCCCAUGCUGCUGCCAGGUCCAGAUUGUGUCAUGGGGUCCCUGUACGGCCUCCCAUUGCUGCUGCCAGGCCCGUAAUCUGCCAUGGGCCCCCGUACCGAACUCCUCAUGCUGCUGCCAGGCCCCGUAAUCUGCCAUGCGGCCCUGUACCGCCUCCUCAUGCUGCUGCUCACUGAGGUCCAGAGUGUGUCAUGGGUACCUGGUACGGCCUCCAUUGCUGCUGUCUCUAUCGCCACACUCUGCCAUGUGCCACUUUCAGGUCUCCUCACACUGCUGGUGGUUUCCAAUUUUUGUCAUAGGGUGCUGUA